CUAUCAUAUUUGAAGUCUUUUAUUAGCAUUCUUUGUUUUAGGAUAACUUUGAAUUCGUCAAGUAAUUUUAAAAUUUGAUGCAAAAUAUAUAGUUUUUUAAUCCUGAAAUUCCUUAUCAGACUCUUAAAAGAAAUGACAAGUGCAUGAACUGUGAUUUUAACAUCUUUUAUCAUUAUUGCUGUACCUUUGAAGAGUUGACUUCAAUUUCUUUGAUGGAGUUCGCUUAUUCUUCUUCAUCGUCAUCAUCUUCUUCCUUCUUAAAAUCAGAACCCCAUUUCAUAUACGAUGUAUUUAUCAAAUUUUGGGGAGAAGAUAUCGGUAAAAAGUUCGUUUCUCAUCUCCAUUCUGUCCUUCUACAGGAGCAAGUCAAAACUUUGAUUAAUGAGGAGACUCUUCAGGAGGGAAUGAAGUUUGCAGAACACAUGCGAGCCAUAGCUGCUUCUAAGAUCGUAAUAAUAGUUUUCACCAAAACAGACGCUAAAUCUACCAGCCGCUGUAUUCUUGAGGUUGAAAAGAUCCUCGAGUACCACCAAACUUUUGGCCAAAUAGUUCUGUCCGUAUUUUACGAGAUUGACCCAUUAGAUGUACUUUUUCAAAUGGAUGGUCUUGGAAAAGCGUUGGCAAAAGCUGCACUCAAAAGCCCUUCAGGAAAAGAACUGGAAUACUGGUGGUGUAGACAACCUGCUGGUAUCUAUGGUUUGGAUGUCAGAGAUUUCAGGCAUGAAGCUGAACUUGUGAAGGUAAUUGUUGGCCAUGUUCAGACAUUGCUAGGCAAUGCAGGCAUGUCUAUGUUGGAUAAAAACAAAAAUGGAACCCAUCCACGUGCUGAAAAGAAGGGUUAAUGUUUUCAUAUAUCAUAUAUUGAGGAAGAAUGUCUUCUACCUUCACUAAAACUCCAUAAAUUGUUCCAAUGCACCAACUAUGAUCCUUUCUUCCUUCAUUCAUUAUAAAAUGAAUGCAAAAUGUGCAUCAAAACUCAACUCACCAAGAAUCAAACGG